UCGUCGAGAUCUCUCCUCGCCCACGCCCUUUUGUUUGUUCCAAUAAAUCCAAUCCCUCAAUUUGUUGCUCACUCUCCCUUUCUACUAUCGUCUCGCAUCGCAAUCAAUGGGGAACGCAUCGUCCUCCAUCCCGCUUCUUCUUCUUCUUCUUCUUCUUCUUCUUAAUCUGCUGCUGCUUUGGUGUGGACGGUGCAGUGCUCUGCAGCAGGCGGCCGUGUCGAAGGCCGUAGUGGCGACGGGAGGCGAGCUGUGGUGCGUGGCGAAGAACAACGCGGAGGAUGCGGCGUUGCAGUCGGCGAUCGACUGGGCGUGCGGCCCCGGCCGGGCCGACUGCCGCCCGAUCCAGCAGGGCGGCGCCUGCUUCGACCCCGACGACAUCCAGUCGCACGCCUCCUACUCCUUCAACGACUACUACCUCCGCAACGGCCUCUCUGCCUCCGCUUGCAACUUCUCUGGCACCGCCGCCCUCACCUCCCUUAAUCCCAGCCAUGGUAGCUGCGUCUUCCCAUCAAGCUCAUCUUCAACGAAUGGAAGCUUCUCCGGGUCGGCGUCAUCAACCCUGGGGCCAGCGGCGUAUGACAUGAGCGGAGCUCCUCGUCUGCUGCUGAAGACAUUGAGCUUGUGGUCGACAUGCUCGCUGGUGGGGAUGUUGUUGGUUUCAGCUACAACUAAUAGCAAUUUUCCAUCAUCUUGAUUGUGGAAGCCAAUGUAGGCUCACAAUAAUUACAUCGAUAGUUUAGCCUUGAGCAUAUAGGCUCUGGUCCAUUCCAUUAUCUCUGUUGGUUAAGAUCAUUUAGAUUCGAAGAUGGUAACUUCCUAUUCA